AUGGUAGCUAUUAUUCAUUCUCCUAAAAAUUUUAAUUCUUGCCAAUAGAGAUAUUUGAAACUAUCUUUGUGUAUGUUUGUAGUCAUGGUCUUCAGCUUUAUGUAUGUUUUCUAGUAGUAGUCAGUGCCUAUGAAACUGUUCUGUCCUCUUAAAAGUACAGAAAUUCCCUUUGGCCAACUAAUAUUCUUACGCAUAGUAGGAUCUCUGCAUUUAUUUGCUUAAUGAAUGAAAGAUGAAUGGUUCAAGUGUAUGUUGAAGGAAUGUUUUUUCACUUCAGUCUUGAUGAUAGGGAGACAUGUUUAUUCAUCUGUAUAAAUAUCUAAUAAAUGCAUGUUAUGUAGCAGGCAGUGUGCUUUGCAUAUGCUAGUGUGCAUAGAAUGGGCAGCUGAUCUGGGAGCUAGUGAACCUGUAGUAACAGAUAUGUCAUGUCAUGUGAGGAUGCCGUGGGAACCCUGAGUAAUAACUUUCUGGAGAAAGUGACAUCACAAUCUUGGGAGAGGGAAUAGAAGUUCAGAGGCCUGGAAGUGCACGAGUGUGGAGUGAGGAAGUGAAAGGUCAAUGUGUCUGCAGGUGUGAGUGUGUGUGGAAGGGCAGACGUCAAGCAGAGGAGCAGCCACCAGUGGCUGUAGGUGGGUGUCCAAACUGGGACACUUUGGAGAGUGAAAUAAAGAACUAUUAAUAAUUAUUUGGGGCAACAGUUAAAUUGAGGCUGUCCCAGGAAAGCUAGAAUGGUUCCCACUGCUUAUAAGCCAUGUUAAGGGGUUUGAGUUUAUUCCAGGGGCACAUGGCGGCUCUAUCUUUGUGGGAUUCUAGAGGCUAGAUUAUAAAGUUUAUCUUUGUGGGAUUCUAGAGGCUAGAUUAUAAAGUUUGGGAGUAUGUUUUCUGAUCCUUCUCUUUCAGGAAAGAUUGUGAAAAGUCAAUUAAGUUUCUGUGCCCUUGUGGUCAAAUGGGCUUGGUAAAAUGCCUCCACUUGGGACGGGUGCUUCUGUCAUCACAGGAAGGAACAGAACCUAGAUAUGAACGUUUUGAAUGUGUGUGUUUUAUUACAAUUUUAUGUUUCCAUAAUGAUGUAUCUUGGAUAGCUAGUAUGUUGCCUUUAAACAUUAAAGGGAAAUGGGAUUUAGGAUAGAUUAGUGGUUGUAGAUGUAGGUUAGAUCAGAAUUUAUUUCCAAACUAGUGGAAUCUUAAUCUUAGUGAUUUUUUUUCCCUAUAAAUAUUUAACAGGGAGCUGACUUACAUCUGUUGAAUGCUUCCUGGAGCAAAUAACACUUGUAUAGUGCUUAGUAUGUACUGGGCACAGCUCUAGGAACAUUUAACCCUUAUAAUAACACUAGCAGUGUUAUUCUCAUUUUACAGAUGAGAAAACCAAGGCCCUGAAUGCUAACUGUCUUGCCCAGGGUCAUACAGCCCGUCCACAAUGGAGCCUGGGAUUGAACCCAGGCCCCCUGGCUUUGGAGUCUGUACAUAACCAUUUGGCUCUGCUACUCUCACAUCCUUCAAAAGUAUGUUCGGGAACAGAUUCUACUAGCAGUAGCAGUAAUUGUAAAAAGAGGAUCAUUAGAUAAAUCAAUUGACUGCAAAAGCAUUUUUCAUGAAGUCAGCCAGUUGAUUAGUAGUGGCAAUCCCACUGUGCAAACUCUGGCCUGUUCUAUUCUGACUGCACUAUUGAGUGAAUUUUCAAGUUCGAGUAAAACUAGCAACAUUGGAUUGAGCAUGGAAUUCCAUGGUAACUGCAAAAGAGUUUUUCAGGAAGAAGACCUUCGUCAGAUCUUCAUGUUAACUGUUGAAGUUCUGCAGGAGUUCAGCAGGCGGGAAAACCUCAAUGCUCAGAUGUCUUCAGUGUUUCAGCGUUACCUUGCACUCGCCAAUCAAGUCUUGAGCUGGAACUUUCUUCCUCCAAAUUUGGGCAGACAUUAUAUAGCUAUGUUUGAAUCCUCGCAAAAUGUGCUGUUGAAGCCAACAGAGUCCUGGCGGGAGACUCUUCUGGACAGCAGAGUUAUGGAGCUUUUCUUCACAGUACAUCGAAAAAUCAGAGAAGAUUCAGAUAUGGCACAAGAUUCUCUGCAGUGCCUUGCCCAGUUAGCUUCUCUUCAUGGACCCAUCUUCCCUGAUGAAGGAUCACAAGUUGAUUAUCUCGCACACUUCAUUGAGGGAUUACUGAAUACUAUCAAUGGAAUUGAAAUAGAAGAUUCUGAAGCUGUGGGCAUCUCCAGCAUUAUCAGCAACCUGAUAACUGUGUUCCCACGAAAUGUUCUAACCGCCAUUCCAAAUGAGCUUUUCUCCUCCUUCGUUAACUGCCUCACACACCUCACUUGUUCUUUCGGGCGAAGUGCUGCAUUGGAAGAAGUGCUUGAUAAAGAUGACAUGGUAUACAUGGAAGCAUAUGAUAAAUUGUUGGAGUCCUGGUUAACUUUGGUUCAAGAUGACAAACAUUUCCAUAAAGGCUUUUUUACCCAGCAUGCAGUUCAAGUUUUCAAUUCCUAUAUUCAGUGCCACCUAGCCGCUCCAGAUGGCACAAGAAAUUUGACUGCCAAUGGCGUGGCCUCUCGUGAGGAGGAAGAAAUAAGUGAACUUCAAGAGGAUGAUCGAGACCAGUUUUCUGAUCAACUGGCCAGUGUAGGAAUGCUAGGAAGAAUUGCUGCAGAGCACUGUAUACCUCUUCUGACAAGUUUAUUAGAAGAAAGAGUAACAAGACUCCAUGGUCAGUUACAACGACAUCAGCAACAAUUACUUGCUUCACCGGGUUCAAGCACUAUUGACAACAAAAUGCUUGAUGAUCUCUAUGAAGAUAUUCACUGGCUUAUUUUAGUUACAGGCUACCUCUUAGCUGAUGAUACUCAGGGAGAGACUCCGCUAAUACCUCCAGAAAUAAUGGAAUAUUCCAUUAAGCAUUCAUCUGAAGUUGACAUUAAUACAACACUUCAAAUUUUGGGAUCUCCAGGAGAAAAGGCUUCUUCCAUCCCAGGGUACAACAGAACAGAUUCUGUGAUUAGGCUGUUGUCUGCCAUUCUCAGAGUUUCAGAAGUUGAAUCUCGAGCAAUAAGAGCAGAUCUCACUCAUCUACUAAGUCCUCAGAUGGGCAAAGAUAUUGUCUGGUUUUUAAAACGCUGGGCAAAGACUUAUCUCCUGGUGGAUGAAAAACUGUAUGAUCAGAUAAGUCUGCCAUUCAGUACAGCGUUUGGAGCAGAUACAGAGGGUUCUCAGUGGAUAAUUGGCUACCUCUUACAAAAAGUCAUCAGUAACCUCUCGGUCUGGAGUAGUGAGCAGGACCUUGCAAAUGACACUGUGCAGCUCCUUGUCACUUUGGUGGAAAGAAGAGAAAGGGCAAACUUAGUAAUUCAGUGUGAGAACUGGUGGAACUUAGCUAAGCAGUUUGCAAGCCGAAGCCCACCUCUUAAUUUCUUGUCAAGUCCUGUGCAGAGGACAUUGAUGAAGGCUCUAGUCUUAGGAGGUUUUGCACAUAUGGACACGGAAACCAAACAGCAGUAUUGGACAGAGGUUCUUCAGCCACUUCAGCAGCGAUUCUUAAGAGUAAUAAACCAAGAAAACUUCCAGCAGAUGUGUCAGCAAGAGGAAGUCAAGCAGGAAAUCACUGCCACACUGGAGGCCCUGUGUGGCAUUGCUGAGGCCACCCAGAUUGACAACGUAGCAAUCCUGUUUAAUUUUUUAAUGGACUUCCUUACCAAUUGCAUUGGGUUGAUGGAAGUUUACAAGAAUACCCCAGAGACUGUCAAUCUCAUUAUAGAAGUUUUUGUUGAAGUUGCACAUAAACAGAUAUGCUAUCUUGGAGAGUCCAAAGCUAUGAACUUAUAUGAAGCCUGCCUUACUUUGUUGCAAGUAUAUUCCAAGAAUAAUUUAGGGCGGCAAAGAAUAGAUGUUACAGCGGAAGAAGAGCAAUACCAAGACCUGCUUCUCAUUAUGGAGCUUCUUACUAACCUGCUGUCCAAAGAAUUCAUAGAUUUCAGUGAUACAGAUGAAGUGUUUAGAGGACAUGAGCCAGGUCAAGCAGCAAACAGAUCUGUGUCAGCAGCGGAUGUUGUGUUGUACGGAGUGAACCUAAUUCUGCCCUUGAUGUCACAGGAUCUCUUGAAGUUUCCAACCCUUUGUAAUCAAUACUACAAACUAAUCACAUUUAUUUGUGAGAUUUUUCCUGAAAAAAUACCACAGCUUCCUGAGGAUCUGUUUAAAAGUCUGAUGUACUCCCUAGAAUUAGGAAUGACAUCAAUGAGUUCGGAGGUUUGCCAGCUCUGCCUGGAGGCCCUGACACCGUUAGCUGAACAGUGUGCAAAAGCACAAGAAACAGACUCACCACUUUUUCUAGCAACACGGCACUUUCUGAAGCUGGUUUUUGAUAUGCUGGUUUUGCAAAAGCACAACACAGAGAUGACUACUGCGGCUGGCGAAGCUUUCUACACGUUGGUGUGUUUGCACCAGGCUGAAUAUUCUGAACUGGUCGAAACAUUACUGUCAAGUCAGCAAGACCCAGUUAUUUACCAGAGAUUAGCAGAUGCCUUCAACAAGCUCACUGCAAGCAGCACUCCUCCCACGCUGGACCGGAAGCAGAAGAUGGCCUUCUUAAAGAGUUUAGAAGAAUUUAUGGCAAAUGUCGGUGGUCUCCUUUGUGUAAAAUAAACGACGUAACUUCAUGCUUUAGAUCCUUUCUGCAAAGUGCACUGAAUUGCUGAAAGUUGACUUGAGUCUUGUCCUAUUCCUCAGUUCAUUUGGCCAUUUUGGAUUUUGGAGAGCCUGAAACUUUGAUAUGUAUGUAAUACAGUGAAACAGGAGAGGUCAACUUGGCAUCAGCUUCUGCUGUUAAGUGUUAGCCACAAUCUGUCAUACAUACGUCUUUUAGAUUUUGAAUGAUGAUUUAAAAUUUUCAAAAUGAAAUUCCAUAUAUGUGCAAACAGAUAUGGGCACCACGAAAUACAUAUGCAGUGCCUUUCUUCCUUUUAACAUAGGUGGCUAGCCAAAGUUUAGAAUUUUUGUCAUUAAAUAUGAAAUGGAUAUAUGCUAGGCAGUGUUCUCAGAAUCUCCAUAGAUCACCUGCAUCACUUGAGGAGCUGGUGAAAAGGUAGAUUCUUAGGCCCAGCGCCAUCUGUAGACCUUCAGAGUCUUAAUGUCUGGUGGUUGGGCCCAGGAGUCUUCAUGUUAAUAAGCUUCUCCUUUCCGUCACCCCAAAAGUUUUGAAUCAAUGAAAGAGACAUUGAAAACUCUUCAGAGGUUUUACGCUUUCUAGCUUUUCCUCCCUUUGAUGAUUGGGUUUAUAAUUCAGCAGGAAGGGGAGACGUCACCAGGGGUUUGUUGGCUUUUUCUUAGCUUGCUUUCUUGCUUGCUUGCUUUUCUUGCUUUCUGUCUCUCUCUCUCUCUCUCUUUUCUCUCUGUUUCUCUCACAUCAAUCCAGCGUUGCAGGUUUUGUGUAAUACAAGUCACUAAUCAUACUCUGAUGCCUGAACUUGAGGAAAAUACAUGUAUAUUUUUGUUCUAUAAAAAUAACCUUAGGAACUGUAGCCAUUUCAUUGCCUUAAUUUUAAGAGGAAAGUACAAAAACAGCUGAUUUGUUUUAGUAAGAAACCACAUCUUGAUGCUUCAGAGUUGGUUUAGGGUGUUAGCUGCUAUGAACCUGUUGCCCCUUUCGAUCGUGUAUUUAUGUAGGUUUAUCAGUGAAAUGAAAGGCUUGUUCCCGUCUAGUCUAACUUUUUGAGUGUGUUUCUAUCCAGCCACAUAGCCCGUUAUCUAUUCUAAAUGGUUUGCUUAAGCAAUAAUUAUUUUAAAGGAUGUGAAUUACUGAUUCACACAGACUAUUGCACGUUGGGGCAUUAGGGGCAAUAAUUCUUCUCCAGUCACGGGAGCCAGUGAAUUUAAUUUCAGAGAUUAAAAAUUCACUUUAGAUCCUCUAGUUUGAUCUUUUAAUCAGGAUUUUUAUACAGCUGCCAUGCUCCCCUAAUUCAGUGUGCCAGCUUACAUUGUGGAAAUAAAAGCUAAUUUAUACACAGCAGGCAUAUGAAACUCCACUCAUUGCAAUACUUUCACAGCACAGUGACAGGUAGAGGACUCUGGCACAGGUGCACCCAUGAAACUCUGCUUCCACCAUGUUCCUGACACCUAUCUGCUACACCAUUCUGCAAAUACAGUUUUUCUACCUGAUUGCAUAUAGCAUAUAUGUCAUUACAUGUGAUACUGUGCAAAACUUUGUAUAAUUCUGUGUUAUUAACAGUUAACAAAACUGGAGCAUCUAAAUUACAUCCAACCUGUGCAUGUGAUGUUAGGUAGAUGUGAAUGCAGGGCCUUGGGCCAUAACUUACAUUUCUCUCAAUUUGAUCACCAUUGAGUCACAAUUAAGGGGAAGCAGAAACAUCUUGAAAAGACUGCUAGGAAGGAAACUAAUACUAGUCAUCCUGAAGUACACGUUUCUGUAUAUUAAAAAAUACUUCGAUGCAUUUUUUUUUGGUGUUUUUUUUUUCCCCUUAAAAAACCUGAAGUGACAUGCAGCAGUAAUCUGUUCUGCAUUGUUCUUGGUGGUGUGUCCCAGCGCCCUCCGGCUUUCUCAGCUGCCGUGAAUUAUGUGUAUCUGUGCGUGCUAAGUACAGUCUUUUUACCAAAGGGCACUGAAACACACAAUUGACUGGACAGGUCCACGCGCCAUGACAAAACUGUAAUCAAGUUAUUAAAAAUAAAGAUGAGUGGGAAAGGAAUGCCUUGGUAAGUAAAAAGGCGUCUAUAUUUAACAACUUUUAUCUAGAUGGCAACAUAUUUGCAGAAUUUGCCCAGAUCCUAUUACAAUACUGAAAAUAGAAAAUCUCACCUCCAUAUUCCUGAGGUCUAAUUUCAUUAGACUAGUUUUAGUUUAAAAAGACCUUCCUCAGAUUGGACCAAAUAAUACUUACGAGAUCACCAGAAUGUUAAAUGUUGGCACACUGGGGUGAGGAGAAGCCACUACCAUUUUUUAGGUGAUGGGGAUGCCACUGAGUUGCAACAGCUAGAUCUUUUCAGGGUGGUUGUGUGCGUGUUUGCCUGAUUGGAUGCGUGUUCACUUUGUUUUAUUUUGUCCAGUUUUGUCUUUAGCGUGUUUAUUAACUUCUCCUGUCUUGUUUUGUUUUAAUGCUCUUGGCCCAGUGGGUCUCAAGAGCACUGGCUUAAUUCUAGUCAGUUGAUUUUUUUCUGUUAAAACUGAUUGUUGUUAAAACAUUUUUUAAAACAAAAACAUUAUUUGUGCCCUCUUUUAUAUAUGUCAAAGGGAUACUGUCAAGUAUUUCAUUUUUAGAUUUUUGUUUUAUAAAAUUUCUGUUGUUCAUAUAGUAUCCUUUAACCUCUAGUUUUCCAUACAUCCUUUGUUUCUCAUUUUCCUUGACCCAUUUAUUUCCCAAGGCAUAAUCACGAAAAACUUUGUACUUUCACAGUCUGUUACUGUAGUAGCACCUGUAACUGUGUUCUUGUUUUGUUAAAAGGAUUGGUUUGCUUUUAUGGUGCUUGUGCUGGAUGGGUGGCUGCCUCAGUAGCAAAACUACCUGACAGUAUUUGACAGUGUCCUUUCCAACACCGUUAUUCGGGUCUUACAGGCUGGCCACCUCUGUUAGAAGACAGUCGCAUGUGAACAUCACUGCAUUGAGUUUUUGUCUGGUGUAAAGUGUGACAUUUAAUGUAAACAAACUGCAGGUUUUUUUCAAACUAAUUUUAAGAAUUUAGUCUUAUUUCAUUGCAAACUGUGUAUCUAAUUAUUUACAUUACUCUGUUCAGAUGAGAUGGUUACUACUACUUGUCCACGAUUUUCAUUUGAAAAGCAAGUAUCUGUACAAUUUCCCCCCAGUCAGCAUUAUUUAACACUCCCCUUAACUGUCUUUGAACUUUCUCUUUUACCAAAAAUGUCAAGUCUUUAUAGUUGUAAUGUCACCAUGUUUCCCAUUUCUGUUAAUACUUCUAUGAACCCCUCAAGUAUUGAAGGGAACUAGCUGUCAGGUUCAAGGAUUACAAGUCUGAGUCUCCUAAUAUACAGCAUCACUCUGAACCCUGAAAUAAUAUUUUUCUCUGUUACAGUUUUCAUCUGUGUGCCACCUCUGUUGUUAGAGGUGGUUGUCAGUAGACCUUACUGCGUUAGCUGUCUUUGAUGAGGAGUUAUUAUUGGUUCCUGAAUAAAACAUUAACCUUUUAAGUCAGAAGGAACCUCAGGACUUCUUAAGGUUUGUUUGUAUUUUUUAAAACCAGAGAAUAAGGAACUGAUUUGGCUAUGAGGUUUGACAUUAUACUUUUCUGUAAGCUUUCCCACAAAACAACAUUGUUGAUUUGAGGAUAUUAUAAUGUGUUAAACUGUUUUUUAAAUGUAAGUGGUUAUUCUCCGACUUGGUAACUAUGUUCUGAAAACACUGCAUUUAAGAAUUUUUAAAAAUUGGUUUUCUAAAAUUAAAAUGUCCAAAUUAGGCAUAUUGCUGGGCUCAGAUUGAUGUGAAGUGCCAUGGUUCCGGCUGAAUUUUAAGCAUAUUUUCAUUUAGAUAUAAAAUAUGUGAAGUAUGCUUGGUUGGUUACAGUGGGAACCCAUGACAUAGUUAACCAAAGAAUAUGUUUGGUUCAAUAAAAAUAGAAGUUUCAUAAUGGGCAUUCAUUCUGUUUUAAGGGAAUGAAUGAAGAAUCGGUUUCCUGCUGUAGUGCUCUGUGGGGAAGUCUUAGUAAAGACCGGAAUGCUGAGGUCGGCUGUGGCAGUUCCCUCCUCAGAGUUGGGUGGUGUGGCUUGCCCAUUACCCGCGUGAAGCUCACAUCGUUACCCUCCUCUCCCGCUGCGGUUGGAUCUUCCCCUGUUCCCAGGCCCUCCCAGCAAUUGGAGAGGUGGUUUUUUGUUUUUUUUUUUUUUAAUUUUGGUUUUGGUUUUGUUUUCUUCCCCCCAGUCUGCAUUCUUAGGCCUCUUAGCUAUUAGGAACUGUCAGAUACAUACUAGUAGCUAAUUUUCCUGAAAUUACAUACUGCAUCUGCACUAUGUACCUACUGGGGAUCUGACCUCAAGUGUUUUCUGAGCCCAGGCUUCCUGGUGUGGUGUCUUUUACCACAUAAAAUUAUUACAGAUUGCAAAUGUUGGUAUUGUGAUUUGAUUCUCUGUACAAAGAAAGAAGCUCUAUGCAGUGAGUUUGUGGUUUAAUGGUCACAAAAAUGUUAGCACUGCUACCACUCAGCACGUGUAAAAUUUUUUAAAUUUAUAAAUAUUAAAAUUUUAAACUUACACUAAGACUUUUCAGUUUUUUUUAAAGACCCAGGGAUGAGUGUACUGGUUAAAUAUUUACCUCUAUUAACAUAACUAAUGAAGGUAUAAAGUUGCAUUUAGUUUUUCAGAAGAUGCUGCAGUGCGGUUUUAGGAAAUAAAUUAAGGCUAUGUAUUGAGCCAGUCAUAGGCUGAAUAUCAGGUUGAUAAAAUUUUAUUUGUAUUUUUAAAAUUCAUAAAUGGGAGUUAAAAUGUGUCUUGUCACUAAAUAUUUUUAUU